AUGGGGAAAACCAAGUAUUCAACUCCACUCCUAUGCCAAUCAAAACAACUCUGUUUUUCUCUUUUCUACCUCUUUACUUCCCUUUCGAUCGCCGUCUAUUUCUCCAUCUCCACCACCAAAUGCAUUUUCCGAUCAUCCCCUUUCGACCCCAUUCUAUCUCCUCUCUUCUCCUAUCCACCAUCUUACGGAGAACACAAACAUUCCAUUCCCACUCUUCGAUCCGCCUGCGCUUUCCCUGUACAUUUCUCAGAUUAUUGGACUGUAGUGAAAGAAAUCCAAGAAUCAUGCAAGAAUUCAUCGGAUUUGGGUUCGGGGAAUUUAAGGUAUGUUCAGGAAUCGGCUGAUCAUGAUAGUUUUGGUGGGAAUUUUAGUUUCAUGAAAAGGGUUUCUUAUUUUGAUCGACAUCGUAAUGUUGACGUUGAAAUUCCUUGCGGGUUUCUCAAGAAAUUCUCCGUCAGUGAUUCUGAUAGAAUUGCGAUGGAGAAAUGUGAAGGAUUGGUUGUAGUUUCUGCAAUCUUUGGUGACCAUGAUAAAAUCCGACAGCCAAAAAAACUAGGAUCAAGAACACGAGAAUUGGUUUGUUUCUUCAUGUUUGUGGAUGAUAUUACACUCGAAGGACUUUACAUACACAAAUUGAUUAUCAAAACAUCAAAAGAACAUAAUGUUGGCGUGUGGAGACUUGUAAGAGUUGAGACCGACAAUUUGUACAAGAAUGCAGCCAUGAAUGGUGUCAUACCAAAGUAUUUAGUCCACAGGCUUUUUCCAAACUCGAUUUACAGCAUUUGGGUGGAUGCCAAGCUACAGAUGGCGGUUGAUCCGUUGUUUUUGAUUCAUUCACUUGUAGUUAAGAAAAAUGUUGACAUGGCGAUCUCUAGGCAUCCUUAUUACGUUCAUACUAUGGAGGAAGCGAUGGCGACUGCGAGGUGGAGGAAAUGGCGAGAUGUUGAUUCUUUGAAAAUGCAAAUGGAGAGUUAUUGUGAGAAGGGACUUCAACCAUGGUCGGAUCGCAAGCUUCCUUAUGUAUCAGAUGUACCAGACAGUGCAUUGAUCUUGAGGAAGCACAGCUCGACAAGCAACGCCUUCUCUUGCUUAUUGUUCAACGAGCUCGAAGCCUUCAAUCCGAGAGACCAAUUAGCAUUUGCAUUCGUGCGAGACAUGACAAAACCAAACAUAAAAAUCAACAUGUUUGAAGUGGAGGUGUUCGAACAAGUUGUCUUAGAAUUCCGACACAAUCUCAUCAAACAAGACACUCACAAAACCAAUUUGGCAAACUUCGAUCCAUUAAAAAACACAACAAGCUUUGACAAAUGCAAGACAUAUCUUUCAAAAAUGUGGAGAGAAUCCAAAAACCCGUAAAUACUUCCUUCUUUUAUAUGAGAAUCAAUAUUCAUUUAUAUGCAAUUUCAAGAUUAAAAUCAAUUACCUGAAAAGUUUAAUGAUGUAA